CUGUUUGCCUUUUACCGGCUUCGGUGAAGACACACUCAGUUCGCCUCUGAGAUGGCUCGCACGAAGCAGACGGCCCGCAAGUCGACCGGCGGCAAGGCCCCGCGCAAGCAGCUGGCCACCAAGGCGGCCCGCAAGAGCGCGCCGGCCACCGGCGGCGUCAAGAAGCCGCACCGCUACCGGCCCGGCACGGUGGCCCUGCGCGAGAUCCGGCGCUACCAGAAGUCCACCGAGCUGCUGAUCCGCAAGCUGCCGUUCCAGCGGCUGGUGCGCGAGAUCGCGCAGGACUUCAAGACCGACCUGCGCUUCCAGAGCUCGGCCGUGAUGGCCCUGCAGGAGGCGUGCGAGGCCUACCUGGUGGGGCUCUUCGAGGACACCAACCUGUGCGCCAUCCACGCCAAGCGCGUCACCAUCAUGCCCAAGGACAUCCAGCUGGCGCGCCGCAUCCGCGGGGAGAGGGCCUAAAUGUGAUUUCCCGGUUCUGUGCCAACUUUAAACCCAAAGGCUCUUUUCAGAGCCACCCAAUUAGUUUCAGCAAAAGUGGCUGUGAUGCUUUCGGUUCUCUUGACUGUGACCCUGACCCUGCUAAGUUGCGAAUCCGUGCUAACCCUGGUCAUUGGCAUAUUCUACGACGGACUGAUCAGGUUCAACAGUGGAAUAGUAGACUUACGAUGAAUUUUCCUAGAUAAGCGAGAGUAGCUUGACAGUAACGAGCCAUUUUAAACGGUAGCAGAGAACAUGUACUUCGUUUUGUUUCGAUCCUGUUAAUGAUCUUCGCAUUUUAAACAAAGCCCAUAAUUUUUACCUCUUAACACAAGUUAUUCAUUCGUGAUUUGGAAUCAGUUUCAAAUGAGUAUAAAUAUUCCCGGUUUUUUAGUAGUUUCUUAACAAAAUUUCCUCACCCCAAUAGAGUUUUCUUGUAACAUUUCUUCAUCUUUUUUAAUUUUUUUUAAGAUAACCUGAAGUUUCAGCUGAACUAAGAACUUAGCUGCUUGCACAUUUCUUUAUAGCUAACUAUCCAUUCUUAAUUGUUAAUAAGUUGAUGAGGCAUAGCUUAAUACGUUAUUUCUUAUUUGUGGCCCUGCUUGUGAUUGGUUGCAUGGCUUUAUUUCUUCUAGGCCUAGGCAAUAAUUUUUUCACUUGGCUGUAGUUUCUAUUCAAGUUUAGGAGUCCUAAUUAUUUUUCUUUUGUUGAUCUUGCUCUCUGGAGUUGCUGGUUCAGUACUGGAAGGAAGAUGACCCACAUAAGAAUAGUGGCUGAUUCUUGAUGAAAAAUAACAUUUGCUUUAAAAUUUAAUUUCCAUAUUUCACCCAAUAUUUUUUUUAAAAAACAAUUAUUUUAAAAAUUAUAUAGCAUUUACACUAUACUUACAAACUACCUUUAACAGAACAAUACCUGAAUGCUGUAGAACACGACAGCAGCAAAUUCCAAAGGCUUCGUGUGUUUUGUUUUCCACACCUUAGGUCCUAAUAUCUAAAAUUUUGGGCCUCCGUCUGAGAUGUGAGUUGAUGUACCAUAUUAAAUCAUGCGGACAACUCAACAAGAAAUAUAAAACACAGAUUAAACUUGAAUUGUGUGGUUUCCUUGGAUUUAUUUACAUUCCAGGAUUUUAAUAAAGCAACUUUUGUUUUACAACAUAUUUGCAUUCUUAAAACGAUAAGGUUGGACAUUUCUGUGUGUGUGUGUGUGUGUGUGUGUGUGUCACUGUGUUGUAUUUUCAACAUUUAAUUUCUCCAGACUCUCAUACGUACCACUCCGGCACAGACCUUUGCUACCCAUAUAAAGGGUCUGUCAGAGGCACCCAAUACCCUUGGCUUGAACCAGGGUGACUUUGCUCUCCAGCUCUGGGUCCCAGCUGAAGUCCAAGUAUCUUGGUUUUUCUUAUAACUGUGCUGGCUCUUAUGUUCAUUGUUUGGCUUUUCCCCCUAAUAUUUUAUGUAGCUGCUAGAAAAAGGGUGUUUUAGGUACAGGGCCUGAGAGCAUAACUUUAACAAAAGCAAAAGUACCCAUUGCUGUCUGAGAGUUAGAAGGCCAGAGGACAGUGGCUCAGACUAUGCUCCUGCCCCACCACCUGCGCCCCCUUUCCCAGCCAAGGAUCAAGGAUUUGGCUUUAAGUCUUCAUUUACUUGAGUUCCUCAAAGAAUAAUUGUCCAGUGUCUAGGAAAGUAAGGUUUGAACCAUCUUAGAAUUCAUAACCUUGUUAAUCUUUCUCCAGGAGCCUCUGGAAGCAGGCAGCACAGAGCGGCACUUGGAUGAUAGAUGGCCAGUGUUCCAAUUCAGUUUUACUACUUACUGUGACCUCUUACACAAAUUGAUUUCUCCAUCAUCAGAAAAAUGGGGGUAAUACUACCCACCUCAGAACUGUUAUUGGGAUACUAUGAGUUGAUUUUUGGACACAGAGCAUUGUAUAAAUGCUAUGAAUUAUCCUGAGCUGUGUAUUAUUUUCUCUUAUAUUCUAAGAUUUUUUUAAAUUGAAAUAAAAAUGCAAACUUUAACUUCUAAA